AUGGUAAAUUCAAACCAAAAUUUACCAGAAUCUUGCGCCGGAGCCCAAGAAGGGCCGGCGGAUCUUUUGUCCGAACAAAACAAAAGCUGGAACCAGACUGAUUCAUCGCGCCAGGGCAAUCAGGGAAUGAUCAGCCCAAACCUGAAGACUGUGAAUGGCGAAGAAAAAGUUCCGGACAUUACAAUCCCCGAAAAUAAAAACGGACGCGAGGAUAAGUUAACGGAUUCAGAAGUUCCAGAAAAUCUGGAAUUGCCGAGCCGAAGGGAUGGAAAUGAAGACGAAAAGACCAAAAUACAGACUAAAGAUGACGUUCCUGAAAAUCUCCACAAACAAGAGGACGCUGAAGUGACUAGAAAAUUACCGGAAUUGAACUCUGACCAAAACAACAGCGGCCUAGUGAACAAAGAAGAGCCAAAUAAUUUAAAAGUCCCAGUUAGCCUUUCCGUAAAAGAGUUUGACAAUGGUGUGGACCUUCGUCCCAAAAAUCGGGAACCAAUGGGCGAAACCUGCCAAAUUUCCGAUGCCAAUAAGGAAGAAUUGGAUAAAAAAAUGGAAAAUACCACCACAUUCGCUAAACAGGAUGCACCACAGAAUCGGACAGUUUCUAUAGACUUUCAACCUAAAUGGGACAAAUCGAAUCCAACUGGGAAAGUUCCUGAAACUUUUCUUCCAAAUUCUCAAAAACCUGAUAGUGACAAUUUGAAACCUGCUUUGCCUUUAGCAUCAACAUCUAGUAAUAGCAAAAUCUGCCAGAAUUUGAAUGAUUCUGGAGAGGUCAGAGAACAGACUGAAAAUUCCAAAACGAAUACAUUUGCACCAUCUACCCAACCAGUGACGAUCACGAAUAGUGGUGAGGCCUAUAAAUGUCAUACAGAAAAUAACGUUAAAAUGUUUAAUAGAAUGACCAAUCCUACUCUAAACGUUAGCAAACAAUGUCCAGAUUUAAAUUCCCCACAAGCACUUCUCAAAAAAUCAUCAGUGUCUGUUUUGUCUCAAAUACCUACAGACCGCUCGACUCGUUCCCAAUCCACUCCUUUGGGACAAAAUCUUAUCUCGGGAGAAAAUCUGUCCGAACCGAAUAAAACGUUGCCACCUGCCAUUCAAAGAAAAAGCGAUGAAUCUUCCUCGUUCCAAAAUGGAACAGCUGUUUAUUUAGGCAAUUCUGGACGGGCCCCGUCGCAAAACAAAUCCUUAAACGAAAUGAAACCCACCACUUCGGUUCACCAAUACAAUACUAAUCUAAACAAAACGAGUACCAACAAGUCACCCUCAAACGUCAUUACUACAUGCUCGAAAUCCAUCCCGAGCAAUUUUAAAACGACAAACCUAAUUCAUCCAGGGAUUCAGAAUAUGGCCGAACAUCUCAACCAGUCAAGUGCGCAACCGCUUCGAUUAUCAACCGCGCCAAAAAACAAAGAAACUUUAGAAGCUGAAUCUCGUUUUUCGUUUCCAACGGCGCCAGCAAUAAAUUCCGGUUUUUCCCAUAAUCAACGUACUUGUUACGCAAGGUAUGAUGCAUCUUCGAUGCAGUACGUUUUUUACCCGGAUAACAGUAAUAUUAGACGGCACAUGUGCAAUAGAACAAAGACUACGGCGGCAAGCAUUGCCAAUAACAACGCAUUACCAACUGAAAGACAGGGCGUUUUUUCUGCGCAGUCGACUCAAAAGAACGUCACUCAUUUUGGCUCACCGUAUCUCUUGAUGUGGCCGCAACGUGGAGACCAAACAACAGGUGCUGACAAAUUAACAAUCACUCAACAAUAUAGCACUCAAGGACUUCUUUCCACUUAUCAACAAGCUCCUAAAAAUGCCCACCCAAACCCAGUCAAUGGCAGUAAUUUAUAUUCGAUACCUAGCUCUACAAACGACACAAAUCUAUACAAAAAUCAGUUUUCAAACAGAGGCCUUAAUUUGCUAGCCGGACAGCCAAACCCAGGAGAAAGAUCAAAUUCGGCCGUUAGCAAUGACGCUAUCAGUAAGCAUCAAGAAAUUUUACAGAAUGUUCCAGGAACUUACAAUACGAUUAGACAACCCCUACCUUCGCAUCAAAACGAUAUGUUUUUGAACAGAGAAAAUAAUAUUUCGUUUCCGGUCAGCCAGAAUUCUAUACAGAGGGGACAGUUAUCGGGACACCAGUAUUAUCAACCACAUGUCAGCCAAAAUGGAGACGAAUUGAAAGUAAGGCUUUCAAAUUCCUCUCAUUCGAACCUACCGUUUCUCAAUCAAAACCAAGUCAACAGCUCCAAUUUCUACAGUUCUUACGACCAAUACCAAGAACUUAAGCAUUACAAUCAAGGCAUUCCGGUACCAAACACACAAGGUUAUUCGCGUCCUAAUCCAAUACCUCCCGCAAAGACCCAGAAUAUGUACAGUUCCAAUUCGCAUAAUGGACACACUCAGCGUCUUGCGAAUUCUAUAAGCAGUACCCCAAAUCCAGUAAUCCCCAAUUUUCAAGGGCAAAUAAAAACCGCCACAACAACAACAACCACAACGUCAACAUCUUCAUUGUCAUUGACUAAAGAGGUUCAGAAAAACGCUGACUCGUCAAACAGGAAAGGGCCAUUACUGGACACAGGUCAACACUCAGGCCUACAGAGAUCUCAAAACAACAUUCCUGAAUUAGGCGUAGCCCACCAAGGCCACGCCUUAACGAAAUAUCCGACUCAACCAAGUGUUUCAAAUAGUUCUAAACUUGGGACCCGGUUUCCUGCACCUGACGCAUAUCAAAACCGUCCAAUCUCCAGUAAAGAUGCACAUGCUAUUGACGCUAACAAGGACCAGAUGUCUUAUAGCCCAAACAAUUCGAAUGGUAUUCUGACCUGGUCGCAGUAUUAUCCUCAAAGCUUUAACCCCACUAGACCAGUAAAUGCGUCGCAGAGGGUCACCAGUAAUUACGACCCUGUUCACGAAGAAAGAAACGUUACAGAGUUAAACUUCCAGCUUCAGGGCAACAUGCAUUCUCACUAUUACGCGUCCCAGUCGUACAAUAACUAUACCCAACAACCUCUUCCACCUUCUAACACUUCGCAGGAGACCUCAAACCUUCAAAAUACGUCAAAUUCUAUUCCGACAAGCAGUAAUGCUGCAACCACUUACAACGCAAGCGCAACUGGGCAGAAUUUUGACAGAUUCCGAGUAGAUAACCACGAUGGAGGAGACAAAGCUGAAAAUUGUAAAUACUUUCAAGAAAUCGCCACCAGUAUGGCGGGCGAUCAAGCCACUUGGAAAGUAGAGGUUCAAGACAAAAACAUGAAGUUUCCCGUCCAAUGCUCUGAAACAGGCGGCUCGAAGCUAGCAAGCGGCGAGAAAUUUCAGAACUAUAAUUUUGCGAAUGACCUCUGUCCAAAAGUCCGAGAAAGGACUGCAGACAUAGGGAAAUCUACGCAGGUAUUAAAUCCGACUACAGCUUCUACCACUUCGACCACUUCGAGCGAUUUGCUGACCAAUGCUCUUUGCCACCCAAAUCUUGGAAUGACCAGCGAAGAACUGUUUCUUUUUUCAGAUUUUGACCCUUUAUUCACGUCCAGUCUCUUGACGAAUGACCUUGACUAUUUUCCUGAGAACAAUUCGGCGUUUGACCAAUGUUUUGAGGAUGCCGCUUCGCUCACCAUGGCAAUGAUCAGUUCGCGCGAAGCCCAGGCUCCUCAAAAUCUGGAUCCUGUCGAUCCGGGUCACACUAAUCUCACUUCUCAACAACAGCUGACCCCCCUCUCAAACAUCCCGGAUGAUAAAAGUAUGGCAUCUUCUUUAACAAAUAUUCCCUUGCCUCAGAUGCAUUACAAUCAAAUCCCACCCUCGCGGUCAUAUUACACUACCGGCGUUGGUGACGGUAAAAACCUGGCUCCGUUUGCAAAUCAACCAAAUGAAUCUCUCCUCGGUUAUUUCCCGGGAGCGGGCAUAUCGACCCCUUCUUCGAAAACAGGGUUAGGUGUUGCUAGGCCCAUCGAUGGUUACCCGGAUGAUUCUAUACUGAAGAGAUUUUCUGACCUGUGCACUUCGAAGACCGCCUCUCAGCUGGCCAAACCAAUAAAUGAUUACAAAUCUGGAAAGAAAUGGGUUAAUAAAAGGGGACUAAAUCUGGAUGACGAUGCGAACGGUACCGCGGUCAAGAAAAGAAACCGGCAGAAAAAAGAUCACUCACUAACGGGCCUCCUUCCAGAAGAAGAAGCUGCUAAAAAAGUCAAAAAGAAAACUCCGAUAUUAAAAGGACCACCAAGACCUCGGGGAAGACCGCCAAAGAAUAAAUCUCUUGGAAAUACGGUUUUUGCACCUACUCAAAAUUUGGCACCACAGUUUAGCGUCAAUGAUGCAAACUAUACCAACCAGACAGGAUCUUUAAAUAUUGUAACUGGCACUCUCGGAGUAAAACUUCCAGAAGAGGUGGUCGAGUUCCCAAAACAGAUUUCAAUGAGUUCUCCGGCUGUGUCUCUUGAAUCCAAGCAGAACGCGAAGAAUACAUUCGGAAAAUCUUCAACAGAACCGGAAGUCCGAGUAGAUCUUGAAAACGGAAAAAAUCCAGCCGAGUCAGAUAAGUCUUCUAAGGACUCUUCUAAUGAAAGUUGUCUGGUUUCCGAAGAAACGUCCGGGAACCCUUCUUCGAUAACCAAAGCUCAACACGAAUUAAGUGAUCGAGAAGUAAUCGAUGCCGUGACGAAAUGUCUUGAAUCGAUCUCCAGAAGCGAAGAGAAAGAAAAUUCCGACCAGAUGAAGGAAUUUCAGUUCGACGCACGUUCCGAAAAUGCUGAUUCCGCUUUGGACAGUUCCGUGCUAGCUGGAAUGGAUACACAGUCUGGAAAAGACGGCGUUUCCCAAGAGGAUCAAGCCCUUUCUAGGGAGGAAAUGCUAAUGAAGGCUUAUAUGGAAUUAAAGAUGAAGCUCGAAGAGAGGAUGAAUCGGAGUUUAUGGCGACAAUCUUAUCUGAAGCAGCAAAAGCCAAAGAACGGUAAAGCCUUUCAGAAACUGUCUAAGAAAGAAUGUAUGACACCAUAUUCGGGAACUACAACCUGGGGCCCAGAUGACGACUUAUUUACACGUUAUUCUAAUCGCUCUACCAACAACAGUACAAAGCUGGUAGCAACAGCUGAUUCUACUAACACCAGUAUCGAUUCCAACUGCAAACAAACAGAGACCUCAAACGAAUCAAAAUUCGAAGUAAUGAACGUUAAGGUUUCGGAAAACCUUGAAAUGGUUGAAGAGUCCAAAUCCGUCGUUAACAACCAACUAAAAACAUCGACGGAAUUAUCGGGGCAUAAAGAUGAGACGGUCACAACUGGUGCCACUUUACGGUUACCUAGUAUGAUGGAAGUGGUCCGAACACGUCUCGCCGACGACCUACCGUCCGUAGACAGAAGCCCCGCGAGAUCAUUGACGCCAGAAGCGCCGAAAACGCGACCAGAGUGCACGAUUCAAACUGGAAACGUCCCGAGCGAGAAUUUCGAAUCGAUCGAGAAAUCUCGGAAUCGAGAGGGAAUUGACUCGAGUGAAUCGGAACAGGCCGAAAAUACCGAUAACACAGCUGUCGACAAUCGACAACCUCAAAAAUUACCCGCAACAUCACGGUACUCUGUCCAGCAACCUUACUUCUCGUCACCUCUGCUCCCACUGCCGCCUCCACCUCCCCUGCCGCCACAAAUCACCCAUUUUCCGUUUAACAGGGAGAAGGUGAACCCGCGUAAAGUCGGUCCCACGAUUGUGGAAAACGCCAGGAUCUGCUUCGAAGCGAUCGGCAAAUAUUUGACAAAGGCCGACUCUGACUUCGAUAGCUUUCUCAUAAGCUAUGCGAACAUCGUUCAAGGCUUGCUGAAUUGCGGCGCUGAGAGAUAUGGUCGCAUAAAAGCUAUACUGAUUAAUAGAUCCGAAACAGAAUCCGAGGAAUUAACCCCCGAGAACAAGAAAACAAGUGACCAUACUGCAGUCCACUUUGACAGCCAGGGCUCCGAAUACCAGUUCGAAUUUCAUCCCGACAUCGACGCGUCGGACAUUCAAGGUAACUCCGGUAGCGGUGAGAACACGAUCGACGUGGAUGACUUCAGCUCCAACUACGCGGAAAUAGUGAAAAUCAUCUUGAGCAGCCGGGCCGAUGAGUACCGUAAUAUCAAGCAGGCGCUCAGCAGGAACAUCUGUGGCGGUAUGGACGUGUGUCAAGGGCCGGCGAAAAAUACGGGAAAGAGUAAAAGCGAUUGUGAUGUUGGUAACGAACUCUCUUUACCAACGCCGACUGACUGCGAAGAGGCAAACGGUCCACCAUUGCUAAAAGCUGAACGGAAACAUGGAAAAAAGACCCAGUGUGAAACUUCCAAAGAUCCAUCCCAGGUUCUGAAGAAACGGAGAAAACGCAAAACCCACGAGAAGGAGAGUGCUAGCUUGAAAAAUAAAGUUGUUUACAAUAACGAAACUUAUGCAAUGGAAACCGACUGUAAGCAAACGACAAAUAGAAAGCUAGAUAUUCUUAAAUCGCCCUCAAAAUGGAAGCACUGUUCUUCUAGUAACAGCACGAAUUCUUCAGGCUUUCGUAUCAUAUUGAGCAGCAAUUAUUUCGUGGAACAGAGCAGGAAUGUUUCGAAUUUGCCUGCCAAGUCGCGUAAAUCCGAAAUGAGCAUCGAAGAAGAUCAAGAAGAGGCUGAGUCGAGACGGCCGCUGUCGAGCGACGACGGUUUUGUAGAAGAGAGUACCGGGGAUUACGUCAUCGGCCUGGGUUCCGAAUCUGGAGACGACGAAAAAUUGUCCUCAGUUUUUCGCGAGGACCCUUUCAAUGAAGUCGACAAGCAGACAGAUGGUACUUCGAAAAACCUGCACAGCAUUCAAUCGAAACCACUUGACAAACCGGCCACCUGCUGGGAAAGUGGUCCCGAAAUUGAAAGCAAUGACUAUUCCUCGGAUUUUAACCCGAACGAAGAAAUUAUCUGUGAAGCUGUGAUCUCCGGGGGCGACCCCGAAACGACAGUUGAGAACCUCAAUGAGAUAAAUACGAUGUCGUCUGUGGAUACUGAAAAGCAGGAAGAAAAUAAUAAGCGGAGACCAUCUAGAAAAGCGGCCUCGGCGGGGAUUGGUGCCACUAGAUGUUCUUGUGGUUGUUGUGAUGAUGGUUCUGGUUUAAAAGAGAAGACCGUGGAAAAACAGCUCAGGGAUCUCACAAUGUCUUUCAAAACCAGGAAUCGCUCAAAGAUCAUCAAACCCAAAAGAGCCUGCAUCCCGAAGAAGCGUGGACGUCCUCGAAAGAUAGACAAAUGCCCUCAGAAAAUAAUCUCCAAAUUCUGGACUGAUACCGGCGUCACCGAGGAAGAAAGCCGUGAUACGGCUAAAAUUCUGGACGACUGUGACGAACCGUCAAGUCUGAAAAUGCCUGAAGAGUUUGAUGAGCAAUCUUCAGUUGCAAACGUGUCUUUCAAACAGUCGUCCAUGGGCACUGAUACAGUCAACUAUCUUUCAGGAAGGCAAGACUUUUAUGUGCACCCAAACUCGGACAGUGACGAAUUUAGCGAUUUCGAACUGAUUAUGAGCGGCUUGGGGGACUCUGAUGACAGUUGGAAACCGAAGAAGUCUAACAAGAAGAUAAAGCGAGGAACGCUGAAAAAGAAAAAAGGGCGGGAUUUGGCGACUUGCCAUUUAUUUCAAAGCGUCGCUAAAGCUCCACUUAUCGGCAUUUACGAUUCACGUCCAGACGGCAAUGAUCAGCAGAAGGCUGAAGAAUGCCAGGCGAGAAAGAGCGAAUCCUCAUCUGAAGAAGACGAAAGUGGUACAAAAAAGAAUUCUUUAACUAGAAACGAGGCUUCUAAGUCUACCACUAUAACAGGCUGGGCAUCCUCGCCUAAAGAAUUUAAUCGCGACGGAAAGGUUUCAAAAACUAGAAUUUCAUUCAAAGAUUUCGUUCCAAAUCUUAAGAUUCCUCCUCUUCCCAAAUCGCCCAUCCAUAAUACAGAAGCCUCAAAAGAGUUAAAUAUAAGUUCCGAAAUUCUAAAUUCUGAUUCGGUCCAAACCAUUAAAGAGGUGAGUAAAUUCUUUACGAGAGAUGUCUCAAAUAAUAAAAGCGAACCUCUAGAAUCUUCCAAAUCCUUUAACCAGGAACAGAAACGAAUCGCAUUGAGUAAAAAAGAUGGCGGCCGAUGUUCCUCAGCCAAUAAUGCCAUCUGUGUCAAUCAAACGGAAGUUAGGGCAAAGCACCAAUGUAACCAAUCCGAUACUAAUCUGCAGACAAAAGCAAAUGAUAACGGAGACCAAUAUGAUAUUUCCAAAGAAGGAUAUUUCGAAAGGGUCCAAGCUGAAAAUGGGACUGAAGCGUCUCAAACACCGAAGGAAGCAAACAGCUCCGAGGAACGCCUCAGAUCACUGAUAGAAAAGAUUACCGAAAUCAAUGCGGCCACUAAAAGACUUGAUACCGUGUGCUCCGUGUCCGUUGAAAGUGGCUCUGAAAAUAUCGAGAAAGACUCUAACGGGGAGAUCACACAGUCCCUAGAUGGUGGCUUCGGGUCAAUAGACUGCAAAGGAAUGAAAGUAAAAACAGAACUCUUGGAGGGCGUCGACGAAACUAUCCGCUGUCCGAUUGGGGCAAAUGACUCCGAUGACAGCAGUAGUAGUAAUAGUAGCCAUAGAGGCAACAGUAGUCAAAGUAGUGAAGAGGAAAAUCAAAGGAGAGUGCCGAUGGAUGAAUGUCAGGGCUUGAGCAGGAUCUUUGAAGUUAAAAUGCCAAGUCCGUUAAAUUCGAGAAAGAAAAAACCGAGCCGAACUUUCAAAAUCGAACAGGUUGGUUUUGAAAAUAAGAUAAUAAUUCGAAAAUCCUGCCUUGCAAAAGAGAAGAAACGCCAUCGUAAUCGAAAGAAGUCAGCGCGAAAAAGAGAAAAAUAUAUUCGAUAUUAUGUCACAAGAUGA